CAGAGUCUUCUCGUCUAUAAGUCAAGAGUUUCACCAAGACCAGAGAGAAAAAAAAAAACUUUGACUUGGUAUGUAUGGCAUAUAGACGUGUUUCCUUUCUGGCUCAAGGUUUUGCCGGAUUUGGAAGCCCUUACCCUCCGUUCAAACAUAUUCUAUGGUCCCAUAUCUCCUCCUCAAGGACCUUUAGGAUUUCCCAAGCUGCGGAUACUUGAUAUAUCAGAUAACAGCUUUACCGGAAGUUUGUCACCAGAGUACUUUGUAAAUUGGAGUGUAUCAUCAAACAUGAUAUAUGGAGAUGGGCGGAUGUAUAUGGGAGACUAUAAUAAUUCUCUCUAUCAGUAUCUUUUUACUUUAGACUUGCGAUACAAAGGUCUAUAUAUGGAGCAUAAAAAGGUACUUACUUUCUAUGUUGCAAUAGAUUUGUCUGGAAACAGACUUGGUGGACAGAUCCCAGAUUCUAUUGGUCUCUUGACGGCGCUCAUUGCACUCAACUUAUCCAACAACUCUUUCACAGGCCAAGUUCCGGUGUCUUUUGCCAAUAUUACCGAACUCGAGUCACUGGACCUGUCCCGAAACAAACUCUCGGGUAAAAUCCCUCAAGAACUAAGGACACUCUCGUUUUUGGCGUACAUAAAUGUCUCACAUAACCAAUUCACGGGCGAAAUACCAAAAGGGACACAGAUUAGUGGGCAGCCUAUAUCAUCCUUUGAAGGGAAUGCAUGGCUUUGUGGUCUUCCUCUCCAGAACAUUUGCUUUUCACCUAGUGCUCCCCCAACACAACAAGAAAAACACGAAGAUGACACAGAGGAAGAACAAGUGUUGAGCUGGAGAGCAGUAGCAAUAGGGUACGGGCCUGGACUACUGUUUGGAUUGGCAGUAGGACAUGCCAUUGCUUUAUAUAAGCCGGACUGGCUUGUCAAGAUAAUUGGUUCGGAUAGGUGCAGAAACCGUUAGAGUUGCUC